AUGCGAAGCUACAUCGCGAUCUGCAUCAUCAUCUUCAGCAACUUCUCCCUCCUACUCCUCAACGCCGCGGAGAAGUUCUCUAAUGACUCCCGCUCCGGCAGCAGCAAUACAAACGACACGUACUACGGCUACACGCGCGACGAGGCGACCAACUACUACCCCAGCCUCAAAAACUCCAUGCGGAUGAACUUAGAUAUCGGCACGUCAAUACUGAACCUGUUCGAGAUCAUCAUGUCAUUGUUGGGGAAAGGCAAGCUCAGCCCUAUUGUGCUGUGCGUGACGGCGGCCGUGAAGACGACCGCGUGGUUCAUCUUGCGGAUCUUGGGGACUCGCGCCAACCUACAGCUCCGUACCGUUCUAGUCAAUACCUUUGUCGGGUUUGCAAUUUGGCUCCUGAGUCUGCUGCAGCUGGGGCUCGCUGCGUAUGUUGGGCAUGAGGUGCGCAAGGGACGGCUGCCGAGGAAGACGCCCGAGGACAACGGCAAUGACAUGGGACUUCGGGAUAAACACCUGAACCAGGACUCCGGGCGGCAGUCGGUUGGAGAGCUAGAAUAUUGCUUCUGCAACACCACCUCUAUCUCACGGCCCUCAAAAAAUCCAAAAAACCUACCAUGCCCGAGCUUCCCACAUCUGCCCACCAUGGAACUCAUGUACGCCCGCCUCAUCACGCCCUCCAAUAUCGGCAUCAUCACCAUCUACCUGGCCACCACCCUCGUCCUCCUCGCCCUCCCCCAUCGCGAGCGCAUCGCGCAACUGAUCCAUAUGCACCUGAUGGACGAUAUCAUGAUCUUACGCGAGGCACUCUACAUGAUCGGCAUAGACAUAUACCCGUGGCUCAUCCCCGCCGCUGCAGCCGCAUGCUGCGUCGGUGUCUGCGUGUUGGUCUGGUACCUGCCGCUGGGGCUGGCCGGCAGCUGCCUCGUCGGGUUUUUCUUGGUCACGCUGGUUGUGCUGCUGGUUGCGCUGCCGGCUUGGAUGUUCUGGGAGUGCUGGCAUGCUGACAUGAAGGAAAGGCGACGGCAAGUACGGAAAGCAUACGGGCAUAUACGCUUCAUGCGCCGCCUCGUAGAAGGCCCCGACUGGCCGACUCAAACCCCCUGGAAGCAGAUCUUCUGGCUCGCUGACGCCUCCUACCGAAAUCUGGGCGGGAAUUGGAUGGAGGACAUUGUCACUGAUUUCGGGCUUGCAGCUUACGGCGCACCGGCCACGUACCGAGAGGCGCAACUCGCCACGGUCACAAUGUUUCGGGAACGGCUUGGCGAUUAUAUCGAGAUGGUCGAAGCUUGA